AUGACCUCCGCCGCCCUCGUCCCGUGCAUCGCAGACACCUACAAGCAGGACCUCUUCAAGGGCAAGGUCCUCUUCUGUACAGGAGGAAGAAGCGGCAUCUGCUAUGCCAUCGUCGAGUCCAUGAUGUCCCUCGGCGUCAGUGCGGCUAUCGUCGGGCGAGAUGCUAAAGGCCUAGACGAGUCUGCCAAAAAUCUUCAGGACUCCACAGGAUCUAAAUGUAUUGCUGCCCCUGCCGACGUGCGCAAGCCCGAGCAGAUCAAAGACGCCGUCAAGCGCACUGUCGACGCGUAUGGCAAGAUCGACUUUGUCAUCUGCGGUGCCGCCGGCAACUUUCUCUCGCCCAUCUCUGGUCUCUCCGAGAAUGCCUUCCGCACCGUAGUCGAGAUCGACCUCCUCGGCACUUACCAUACCCUCAAGGCCACCCUUCCCUACCUCCGAGAAUCACACGGAGCGUACCUCCACAUCUCUGCUACGUUGCACUACAGGGGUGUACCUUUCCAGGCGCAUGUCGCUGCUGCAAAGGCUGGAGUGGACGCACUGAGCAAUGUGAUUGCAGUAGAGGAAGGACCUUGGGGGGUUAGGUCAAACAUCAUCGCUCCGGGACCUAUUCUGGGUACUGUGGGAGCUGACAAACUCUCGAUGAAAGGCAAAAAGUUUGGCAAGGACAUUCCUCUUUCCCGAGCAGGCCACGUCGACGAUAUCGCCAACGCUGCAAUAUAUCUCUUCUCGCCAGCCGCUGCUUGGGUCUCUGGAUCUACAUUGGUCGUCGAUGGUGCUGAGAACCACAUUCGAAGCCUCAAGUUCCCCUACCCCGAAACGCUCUUAGAACCAGAGAAAUUCAAAGACCUUGUCAAGCCCAGGCUGUAG